UAUCAUAUAUCUUCUCAUCACGCUCUCUCAGUUUCAAAUCUGACCAAUAUAUAUUGUGAAAAGCCACUCAUGCGACCGUCUAUGUUACGAUACAGGUUUUCUUUUUCGUAGACCAGUUUUCUUUCAUGCGUACUGGAUUGCUCCACACCUUGUAACGUUCUCAACGCAUGCUCAGAUCUGUGAAGAAAAUCCCGCUUGUUAUAGAAUAGAAGAAUGGAAUAUUCUGUUCUUGAAAACAGUGACAAGACUUGGAAAAUGGAGGAAGUACCUGAGAGUCCAUUACUGUCAUGGGAUUCUACCAAUUCUGAUGAUUUUUCUGAGAGUCAGCAUGUUUUGCCCCGAAUUGGAGACAAAUAUCAAGUCAAUAUAUUGCCAUGUAAGCUCCAAAUGGAGUGUCAUCUACUUGGAAUGACUGACAGUCUGAAUCUGAAUUAUAAGGGUAGCAAAGAUGAAGACAAUGAGCAACGUCUUGCAGAAGAAUUAACUUUGCCAGUAAUGCAGAUCUCGUGUUUUUUUCACCCAGGUAGUGUAAAAGAGUAUGAGAUGACACAUGUAAAUGGACCAUUUUCUGAUAAUGAACUUGCCUCAAAGGAGUCCUUGUCAAUUGUAGCUGUUAAAACAGAUGAUGGGUUGCAUCAGCAUGGUCUUAUACAAUCAGCGGAUGAUGGUUGUGCCUAUGCACUCAGUGAUGGUACCCAAUUCACAGAGAACCAUGCAGAUUCUUCUAUUACAGAUAUCAAAUCUAAAAUCUCAAGAGAAGAGGAUGCUUGUACAGAUUCUACUGUAACAGCUGAGAAUAUACCUGAUACAUUUUAUUCUGGCUUAGGAAAAAGAAAAAGGGGCAGAGUAGGUUGGAAUAGAGUCAAGAAGAUCAAAGUUAAUAUAAUAGACCCUGGAAAACAGACCUCUGGUUCCACAUGCCAUAGUCCACACCUGAAAAUUGAUUGUAAAGGAGAAGAUGCAAAUUCAAGAAAUAGCAUUAUAGUGCCUGGUAACCCAAGUGCACCGUGGAGUAAAAUUGAGGAAGAUCUGUUUAUCCUUGGGCUAUAUAUUUUUGGGAAAAAUUUCAAUGCUGUAAAGAGAUUUGUGCAGACCAAAGAAAUAGGAGAUAUCUUAUCAUACUAUUAUGGAAUCUUCUUCAGAACUGAGUUAUAUUGCAGAUGGGCAGAAUCCCGGAAGAUGAGAAGCAGAAAUCGUAUCCAGCGUCAGCGCAUUUUCUCUGGAUGGCGGCAACAGGAAUUAUUGACACGUCUGAUCCCACACAUACCUGAGCCUUCCAAAGAUGAGGUUCCAAAGAUAAUGAAGGCAUUUAACGAGGGAAUAAUUUCCAUGGAAGAGUUUGUCACAAAGUUGAAAGCAUUAGCAGGUCCGGAUGUGCUAGUUCAAGUUGUGGGAAUUGGCAAAGGCAAAGAUGAUCUUACUUCAACAAACAUAGGUCCAACAAAAGCAAAUCGAGUUCUCUCUUUUCAUAGUGAAAUUCCAGUGGGCAAGGCAUGCUCCUCUUUUUCUACUGAAGAAAUUGUAAAGUGUUUGACUGGAGAUUUCAAGCUCAGCAAAAAUCGAGCUGAUGACCUGUUUUGGGAAGCAGUUUGGCCUCGUCUCCUGGCAAGAGGAUGGCAUUCCGAACAACCAGAGGAUCAGAUGCUGCUUAGGCUUAGGGAUUUUUUAGUUUUUCUUAUCCCUGGUGUGCAGAAGUUUUCAAGAAGAAAACUCACCAGAGGAAUCCAUUAUUUUGAUUCUGUGACUGCUGUUUUACGUAAGGUGGCAUCAGAUCCAAAGUUGCUUGAGCUAGAAAGGGAUGAAAUGGAAGGAGUUGAAGGGAAGACAGAAAUUCUGUGUGCUCCUGAGAAUGCAGAGGUAAAAAAUGAGCAUUUAGGACAAGCUCAUAGCUAUCUUAAACCAAGAUUUUGCACAAAUUAUUCAGACUCUCUUAUGAUUACAGUAGUUGAUACCAGUCUGGUCUCACAAGAUGAACAUGCACCCAGAAUAUGGAGGAGAGUGAAAUUGUCUUUAGAUGACGACACUGAAAAGUUCCAGAUUGUGUCAUCAGAAGCAGAAGAUGGGGAUACUGUAGCACCCCCCCUAACUGAGCAAUGCCAAUUUCCCAAACACUGUGAACUGAAGGAUUUGUUGAAUGAUGAACCAGAAGAGUCAACCCUCAUAAUAAAUAAUGAGAACUCAUAUGAGAAAAUUGAGCUUUCUGGAAUGCUAAAGACAUCAAAUGCUGAUCAAAAUUAUGUUCUCUCGUCGCCAUGGAAGCAAAGGAGACUGAGAACAUCUAUUGACUGUAAAGGUCACACAGCAGAUGCCAGUUUGAUAGAAUCUGACAGCUUUAAAGUUCAAGGAGUAACAAAAAAAUUACACAGAAAGGAAGAAACUUCUAAAGCUGCUUUAGAUGCUCACCCAUCACAAAGAUGCUCCUCCAUGUUAUCUUCAAGUCAAGGCAGUCUUGAGAGAAGCACUGAUAUGACUGUUUUGGGUAGAGACUUGAUUUCUGCAGAUAGCAUCAGCAACACUUCACAACAUUCUAGGGGAAGCAUAGCGAUACCAGAGAUGGGUUUGCACUUGAAAUUGAUCCAAGAUCAACCAAAGAUAAAUGCAAUGAGUAAUACACUUCUAACAGGCAAUGCAUGCAUUGAUGGUUCAGAAGCUGAAGGAAACUCUCAUCAUGCUUCAAGUUAUAGCUACCCUAUUAAAGAACCUUGUGAAAAAACAGGAGUUGCACAUGCCUCAACUCCUUGUCCAGAAGAGAGCAAGCUUACAAAGCCACAAGAAAAAGAUGAAAGAGCACUACUAGAGAAUGUAUUCACUGUGCGCAGGCAAAGCACAAGGGUUCGCCCCUUAACCACAAAAGCAUUGGAUGCUUUUGCAAGUGGAGUUUUUGACAUUAAACAGCGGAAACGACGUAGUGAGAAACACUUGAAUUUGGAUGGCCAUCGCACCAAAUCUCUUUCCAAAUUGGUCCAAGAUGUAGAAACAUCUUCAUUCAAUGCUUGUAGGUCCGACAAUUGAACUUCCUCUAGAUGUCUAAAUUAUAAUUAGGCAUGGAGCUUUUGCAAGGAAAUUGUGAUACUGAAUUAACUGUGUGGUUAGUUCUGGCUUUGUUCACAAAUGGAUGUGAAACCUACAGUAGUGAAAAUCCCUAAAGACAGAUUUCCUGCACAAUCCACGUACAAGAAGGGAUGACAAUGUGGCUAGGAUGCUGAUUUCUGAUAACAAUUAUGAUAUACAUAUGCACAUUGCUGGGUUGAAGCACAUGCAAAAUGGCAAACAUGUUUUCCCCAGAAAAUGAUUGUGGUCUAGACUUAUUUUUACAUCAUUAUUUUAAGGCUGACAAGGAAUGACUGCAAUGAUCUUCCUGCAAGGAUGGUUAUUAUAACAUGUGCAUCCUACUUAACAAUGCACUUCAAAAAAGAAAAGAUUUGUUCUGUAUGGACCAACAAAAUGUGAGAUUGCCAAUUCGUCCGCAAGUUUUAUUUGUUAUGUUAUUUCCUUCUAACUGAAGGUGGAUUUGUUGGUCUCUCCAAGACAGUCAAAUAGCACUGUCCUUGGGAUUGUAAACUAAUUUUGGGAGGCCUUAGAAGUUAAAACAGUCAAUUUCUUAGAAAGGAUAUGAGAGUUUUUAAACCUAUAUAUGAGAAUGUAAAUAGUGUGUAGUCAAUCAACCAAGCAAAAAAAAGCUAAAAUUUCUCAAAUUUGUUUUGUGGCUUGAUAUACCGAACUACUUUAACAUA